AUGAUAUUUCUUAACCGUAUAGAGUUCCUGUUGUCGCUCAAUGUUAUCUUUGUUCUGUACAGAAGGAGAAGCAGCUCUAUUACUCCACGGCGCCGCAGGUCUCGCUCUCCAAAACAAAGACGCCAUAAACUUCGUUCACCAACUCCAAGGCGCCCUAAGAAGCAUAGAAGCAGGAGUUUCUCCUUGUCUCCUACUCGUGAUUCUUCUAUUCCAAGUCCUGGGCAUACGGAGCUGAAAAUAAACAGUCAAAAGGAUCGAAAAGAAGAAGAUGAGGAGAGGAAAAGGCAGCAACAUGAAGCAGAGGUUAAGCUAGUAGUAGAAGAGACAGCAAAGAGGUUGGAAGAAGCUAUCCAGAGGAAAGUUGAGGAGAGCUUGGCCUCUGAGGAGAUUAAGCAGUAUUUACAACGACAUUUAAACGAAGGACGGAAAGCACUAAUGGAUGAAGUAGCUGCUCAACUUAAGAAAGAAAAGGAAGCUGUUGCUACCGAAACGAGACAAAUUGAGGAAAGAGCACAUAAAGAGAAGGAAAUGCAGGAGAGGAUAGUUGAAGCGAAAGAGAGGAAAGUGGAAGAAGCUCUAAGGAAGGAAGCCCUGGAGCAGAUGAGGAGAGAAGAGGAAAGGUAUAGGGAACUAGAAGAGUUGCAAAGACAGAAGGAGGAAGCAAUGAGAAGAAAGAAACAACAAGAGGAGGAAGAACGUUCAAAACAGAUAAAGUUGUUGGGUAAGAACAAGUCAAGGCCGAAGUUGUCAUUCGCUAUCGGGCCUAAAUAG